ACCCAGAAGAAGAAGAAACCACUUCUGCUCAAACAUGACUCAACAAAUCAUCAAAUGCAGAAGACAUAAGAAAUGCUUGACAGAUCUUGACUGUUAAUUCAAGAGAGCAGCAGGGCUAUAACAAUGGCUUCGCCCUUUCUUUCCUGUCUCAACCUCUGUAUGAUUAUAUCAGUCUUUGCAUUACCACCCACUGAGCCACCACUGGUUCGUGACCAUCCCUUUGUGGCCAUAUGGAAUGCCCCCACUGACCAAUGCAAACAGCUUGAAAUUCCACUGGAUACCGCUGCCUUCCAGGCAGUGACUACACCUUCAGCUGUGCCAGGUCAGUUUCUUACCAUCUUUUAUGAAGAUCGCCUUGGCCUGUAUCCUAAAGUCGACAUAAUCAAGCACAAGAUCUACAAAGGUGGUAUCCCCCAAAACGGGAACUUGACAGAGCAUCUUGCUAAGGCCAAAAGUACAAUAGAUCACUAUAUCUCCCAAGAUUCCUCUCCUGGGCUGGCUGUGAUCGACUGGGAGUCCUGGCGCCCUCUGUGGGACCAAAACUGGGGAUCAAAACGUAUCUAUCAGAAGCUAUCCAUUACUCAUGCAUUGCAGCUGGCUCCCUUUUUGUCAGCAAAGAAAAUUUCUCAAACAGCCAAGAGCCAGUUUGAGCUAGCUGGGCGACGCUUCAUGGAAAAAACUAUCAGCAUUGGCAUCGGCAAACGUCCAAACCGCCGCUGGGGCUUCUAUCUGCUUCCUGAUUGCUUCAACUAUGGAUGGAACAAGCCAGGAUACACAGGGAGGUGCUCCACUAAAACUAAGAAGCAGAACAACAAGCUGCUGUGGCUGUGGGAACGAAGCACCGCCCUCUUUCCAUCCAUCUACCUCCAUAUUACUCUGAGAAACUCUCCCCGGGCCGCUCUCUAUGUUCGUAAUCGUGUCCAAGAGGCGCUGAGGGUGGCAGCGCUGCCAAAACACCUCUCCACUGUGCCUGUCUAUGUCUACUCCAGACCCCUGUACCGGGAUCAGACCCAAAUGUUUCAGACUCAGACAGAUCUUGUUAACACUCUUGGAGAGUCUGCAGCUCUGGGUGCUUCUGGGGUUGUAAUCUGGGGAGGUACCAGGGACUACAACAACAAGGCCUCCUGCCAGUCUCUGUCUGACUACCUGUCCUCCACGCUCAGUCCAUAUGUUGCCAAUGUGACUGCGGCUGCCAUGCUCUGCAGUAGGCUGCUGUGUAAGGGAAAUGGCCGCUGUGUGAGGAAGAACUACAACACCGCUCACUACCUUCACCUGAACCCCACCUCCUUCCGCAUCCUAAAGGCAAGCGGGAAGUACAUCGCCGUCGGUCUCCCAUCUGCCAGCGACCUCAACGACUGGGUGGAGAACUUCACAUGCCAGUGCUAUGCUGGGUGGAGCUGCUUUCCUGAGCUGCAGCGUCCAACUCAAGUUCAACUUAUAAGGGUUUAAAUUGUGAGGGGAGUAAAUGAAUGGCCCUUGCUGCCUUCUUAUGGUUGUGUAGUCAUUGCUGUGAGGAAAACAUAUCAUAAACAAUGUUUGCUCACAAAAUAAAGAUAUGAGGCAAAACAUUAAAUUCCUGAUUCCUG